AUGAAACUAAAAAGUCUGGCUAAUCUCACUGAACCCAUCUACCCUUCAACUGUCAGUUCAUCCAAUUUAUAUUCUCAGUCUGAAUUCAUUGCUGAAUUCGAUAGCAUAUGUCAGUCUGGCAUGUGGCUAGACGAAUCUCACACUUCAGCCAUCGUAGGAAGAAUUGUUCUUAGACGAGAUGCAAGUAAAAAUCUAAUCUUUCUAGUGAUUGAGCGUGAUGGUAUCCAAGUUCAGGCUGUCAUGAAUAAACAACAUUGGCCUUCCACAUUUGGCGAAAACCAUUUUCAGAUCUUGUCUGGUGCAAUUGGUUUGGGUGAUAUCAUUUAUGUCAAGGGUGUGCCUGGACGAACUAAAUCAGGCCAAUUAAGUAUCAGAGCAACCUGUCUAAAAAUGUUAUCUCCUUGUUUGCACAUUUAUCCAAAAAAACAUGUUCUUCUUGAAGAUGAGAAUAUUCGGUAUCGGCAGCGGUAUCUUGAUAUGCUUGUACAUCGAAGCACAGUAGAUCUAUUUCUUAAACGCUCCAAAAUUAUUCGCACCAUUAGAUCCUUUUUUGACACAAGAGAAUUCGUCGAAAUUGAAACGCCUGUACUGUCUUUAAUGGCUGGUGGUGCCAAUGCUAAACCGUUUACAACUCGAAUGGAUGUCAUGAAUCUUGAUCUUCAAAUGCGUAUUGCUCCAGAACUCUAUCUCAAACAGCUGGUUAUUGGAGGUAUCGACCGGGUAUAUGAGAUUGGAAAACAAUUUCGAAACGAAGGUAUUGAUAAAACACAUAACCCCGAGUUUACUACAUGCGAGUUUUAUAUGGCAUAUGGAACAUUCGAUCAAGCCAUGGAACUUACAGAAAACUUGUUUCGAGAUGUCGCAACAAAAGUAAAUGGAUCGACUAUUGUAGAAUGGGAAACAGCGGAUGGCCAAAUUCAUCAAAUCGAUUUUUCUCAACCAUUUAAACGAAUCGAAAUCAUUCCAGAACUUGAAAAAGCUCUAGGCGUCACGCUUCCAAAUGUUAACGAUCAAAGCUCAAUGGAAACACUGCUACAAUUAUGUAACGAAAGAAACAUUGUCGUUCAAAAACCGUUUACUCUACCACGUAUAUUGGACAAGUUGAUAUCCGAGCUGAUUGAGCCAAAAUGUAUUGACCCAACCUUUGUAGUUGGACAUCCAGUGUGUAUGUCUCCCUUGGCAAAAUCAGGAGAAAAUCCAGAAUUGGCGGAUAGAUUUGAGCUUUUUGUCGGAACCAAGGAGCUUGCUAAUGCAUACAUGGAGCUGAAUGAUCCUGCCGAACAACGACGUCGAUUCGCCUCACAGAGAAUGGCAAGAGAUCAAGGCGAUGUAGAAGCUCAGCCAAUGGACGAAAGCUUUUGUUUGGCGUUGGAAUACGCUCUUCCGCCUACCGUUGGAUGGGGUUUGGGUAUCGACAGAUUUUGCAUGUUGAUGACGGGUACAAAAAGGAUUAAAGAACUCAUUGCGUUUCCCAUUCUCAAACCUCUUGAACACAAUACAGAACCGAGCGUAAAUCAACCCAAAUAAAAAAACACUUGUGCUGAUUUGAGUUUAUUC